CGUCUCCUUUACUCUUUUCUUUUUCAAAUUCAAUUUUUUUUUUGUCUUCAUGCAAGUGAUAAAGACUAAAGAGUAAUCGAUCCUUAAUCCAAAUUCUCGCGCUCGAUUCGUCUUUUCUGUAUUUCCCGGAGCUCCGGGACUUGGGCGGAGGAGGAGAUGAGGAGCUUGUUGUUGUGGAUUGCGGUGGUCGUGUGCUUGCUAUGUUCAGUCGCGGCGGUGGUUCAAAGCGGAUCUAGCGAUGGAUUUGGGAACUCGAGAGAUACUGAGACUGAGAUAUCUUUUCUGGAGUAGAAAUUGAUGGCGCCUUCGGUUCCAAUGGUGCCUCUCACUUUGAUUGAGGGAGCUGACUCUAAAGGAGCUGUGUGCUUAGAUGGGACGCUACCUGGUUAUCAUUUAGAUCGUGGUUUUGGAUCAGGUGCUAACAGUUGGCCUAUCCACCUUGAGGGUGGAGGAUGGUGUAACAACCAUAGGAGCUGUGUAUAUCGCAAAACAAGUCCGCGUGGUUCUUCUAAGUUCAUGGAAAAAGCUUUGCCCUUCACUGGAAUAUUGAGCAAUAAACCUGAAGAGAAUCCUGACUUCUUUAAUUGGAACAGGAUCAAGUUGCGCUACUGUGAUGGUGCGUCUUUCUCUGGUGAUAGUCAGGACGAGAGUUCACAAAUUUUCUAUCGAGGACAACGAAUCUGGCAAGUGGCUAUGGAAGAAUUCCUGUCUUUAGGCAUGAAGCAAGCAAACCAGGCUCUGCUUUCUGGAUGUUCAGCUGGAGGAUUAGCUUCCAUCUUGCACUGUGAUGAGUACAGGGAACUAUUACCUAGUUCCAGGAAAGUAAAAUGCUUAAGUGACGCUGGAAUGUUUCUUGACGCAGUGGAUGUCUCUGGGGGCCACUCGCUUAGGAAUAUGUUCCAAGGUGUUGUUACAGUGCAGAACCUCCAAAAGGACUUUUCCAGUACUUGUACAAACCAUUUGGAUCCUACUUCGUGCUUCUUUCCUCAGAACUUGGUUUCAGACAUCAAAACCCCAAUGUUUCUUCUCAACACAGCAUAUGACUCGUGGCAGAUCCAACAGAGCUUAGCUCCUCCAACUGCUGAUCCAGAUCAAUUCUUCCAACAAUUCAGGACCCAAAUGGUGCUUGCUGUAAACGCAUUCUCAAACUCUGACCAGACCGGCGGUCUUUAUAUAAACUCUUGCUUUGCGCAUAGUCAGACUGAAAGACAUGACACUUGGUUUGCUCAAGAUUCUCCUCGACUAAACGGAAAGAUAACAUUACUCUUCCAAAACUGUUCAUACGGUUUCACCAAUGGAAGAAAUACGGAUACAAGGGUUCCUCUUUCCAUCGUAUUAUUAAGGAUUUCAUGAUCCAAUGAGGGAAAUGGUACUGGAGGUAUUAGUAUAUACGGCGCCAAAUUCGAAGAUGAAAACUUCACCCGUGAGUAUUAUCAACGAAGAAUAAUUCUGGUUUUAUCUGUGCUUCAGUUAGUGAACUAUCGUUGGAAGCUAGGCAGGAACUCCUCAAAAUUGACAAACGGACUCCGUUUGAGCAAGCUCGAGAAAGGGAACGUAAGUUGCUUUAUACCGAUGCACCAUUAGUGUUAAGUGUACGUUAUGAAUUGAGCGUUAUAUUCGGUUGCUUGGGUUCCCCUCGCCCCCAUUUUCUUUUAGGGUAUAGUUUUUGCUAUUAAUUUUGUGUUUUAUCCGGAGUUGUCCGUUAUAUCCAUUUACUUGAGUCCCCGUUUAAUAGUCUUUCGAAUUUAGUUUUUCAUUCAACAUCUAUAUCUUAAACUUAAAUCAUUGCUCGUUUACUUUUUUGUUUGUACAAAUUCAUUUGUUAUUCAGUACAUAUAUUGGUUUGUAUA